CCCCCACAGCAGCCGGAGCUCCUCCAGUGUGCUUUACAAACUCAAAGACAUGUUCUUCAAGUUCAUUUGCGCUGUGGUGACCAGGUCCCUCUUCAUCCUCAUCUCUCUUAUAGGGGUGUGGAGGGUGGUGUGGGUGAAGGACAAUGGACUCUACUGGUUUCUCACAAUCCUCUACCUGCCCCUUGUAGUUGAGAUGAUCCUGACCCUGAGAAGACGAAGUGGAAACGAUUACAAAUGGUUUUCUCCAGCUAUCUUCUUCUUCCUCAUCAGUAUUAUCCCAUCAUUGUGGAUUUUAGAGCUUCACCACCAGGAGAACAAAUCCACUGACUCCAAGUGUGAAAAACUUGACUCGACUGAAAACUUUUACAGACUCUGGAAGAAUGCAACCAACGGCGGUAUGCUACCUAUGGUCCCUCUGUCCUCAGUGUGUGCCAACGACUGGAUCCUGGCUCUACACCAGAUUCUGCUAAUUUUACUGAUCUUGGGGAAGUGGUUGAUGCCCGCCGCUGGAGAGCUGACUAGGGACCAGCUCUCCCAGUUACUGCUCAUCUUUGUGGGAACGGCUGCCGACAUACUGGAGUUCACCUCUGAGACGCUGUCUGACAUCAAUGACAGCAGUCCAGUCAUGGUGUACAUUAUUCUGGCUGUGUGGACUUGGAGCAUGCUUCAAUUCCCGCUGCAUCUUUCAGUAAUGGGUGCGUCCUCAGAUGACCUGUCCGACCCGGCCUCCUCCCGCCUCACUCAGCUCAGGACUGAUAUCUGGAGCACAGUGGAAGCUUUGUUUAUCCAGGACGGGCCUUUCCUGGUGGUUCGGCUCAUCGUCAUGAUAUACUUCAACGUGAUCCACCAGAUGCUGAUCUUCUUUGCCAUUAAAAACUUACUGGUCGUCAUUCUCAACAUCUACCGGCUGUAUGUGCUCAUCUGUGACAAGAGAAACUAAGUGUGGAUGCAGUCCCAGUGCAGCAAGAAACAGUAAUUAUGUUACUGUGCGCCAUUGUGAUUGCAUGUCACGUUCUAGUAUAUCUGCAAAGUUUGUCUAAACUUCAGACUAUGUGUGUACAAAAAAUGUUUGAGAAAACGUAUACGUUUUCAAGAUUUUAUUUUUAUU